AUGUUGGGAAUAGUAACAGAACGAUGCACAGCAACGUACUAUAGAUAUCACUACGAGCAGCAAACUAAUAAGAUGGCUAAGAUAUACGCUUUUGUUAUAAUUGUGUAUGGUUGCUUCUUUGCUUGGCUAUGUUGGUAUCUCAGUGGGCAUGUUAGUGGUAAGUUUAAUCUAUUUCUUAUAGGGUAGAAUAGAAUAAUUUUACAAAAAAUUAAUAUUUUUUAUAUAAUUUUAAAAAUUUUAGAAGUCUUUCCCACAAGAUGUAUCCUUCUCAACCGCUAUCCAGUACUAGACGCACUUGGAUUCACAGUGUGUGCAGUGACAGUACUAAUUUGCGCGGUACCAUGUGCCUACAUGUUUGUAUACAAUAGAAAUGUAUAUAACAAUCGAGUACGCUUAGAGUCACUGAGUUCGAGGUUUCAAUUGAAUGAGAAUCUACAUGUUUUGAAGUGUUUUCUGAUCGUAUUUGUGUUGUGCUUUGUCUUCAUUGGAUCUACUGGCUUUUGGACGAUCCAAGUUGCUGCCUAUUUGUCGUUGUAUGAAGAUGUGGCAAAAAAUUUGGUUAAUAUUGGGGUUCUUGUUAGGGUAAGUUUAUUAUAAUAUGUUUUAGUAUGUUGUGAUUAAAGGGUUGGCUGGGUUAAGGAGGCCGUCAGCUUUUCUACAAAAUUAAAAAAAAAUCUAUGUAAAAUACGCAGAAAAACUGUUGUUUUGUAAAAUACAUACUCAACAUACUCAUACUUAGACCAACUUUUUUAUUCUUCAGGUAUCCCACAUAAUGGUAGACAGUGUGCCAAUUGUAUUUGAAAUCGUAUUUCUUCUAAAACACCCAGUAAUUUGUCGCAAAGCACAGUCUACUAUACUCCGUUAUAAGCCGGACUGGUUUCAAUCUAGAACAGAUAGCGUGUUCAUAAUCAAAGAACUACAAAUCAGUCCGUACACUUCAGCUGAAGCCGACGAUUACUUCAAUCAACUCAAAAAUGUCUGGAGAAUUGAUGAAAGUAAAUAG